AUGGCACUCUACCCAAUCUUAUCUGUCGUAAUUGUCAUCAGUUUCAGUGCAGGCCGAGUUGCUUCCAACCCGAUCCAGGCCCAGGACCGAGCCCUGACAAUGUUCUUGACCAUCAAACCUGAUUCCGAGACGGCCGAACCCAUGGUUGGUGGUUCGGUGACGUUUCUGUGUGACAUACUGGAUUAUCAGGAGUCCUCCCAUGUCGUGACUUGGUCUCGGUUCGAUCUCAGCUUGUCGUCGUGGAUCGUAUUAGCGGAAGGUGGUACCCUCAGGGCACCUGCCGAUCAGCGGCUUCUCGUGUCUCGGGUCCAGGCCAACAACGCGUCCCGUCCAGGUAACGUGCACCAGAGUCUCGUCAUUCGCCAAGUUGGCAAAACAGAUGAGGGACUGUACCGCUGCAGUGUUGAAAUGAGCAUCGACGACAAUAGCACAUCCAGCUGCAGCACCAAGGCGAUCGCUUCCAGGGAGAUGAUUCUGACCGUUUACCCCCCAGAAAUCUUCCCCGUCUGCACUCCAAGCGCCAAGGCGACGGACCCACUUGUUCCCGGUGACACGCUAUCCUGUGGUACCUUGACCGAGUCGAGGGUCCCAAUGGUCACAAGGCGGGGCAACCUAGCGGGCCAUCCAGAGGACUGGUCGAGGGGUCAGCGCAGGGACAAACGGCCCGGCUGGGAGCUGACGAGGGAGGUGAACGAAACGGACGACGGCAUCGUGUACGACUGCUGGUCCUUCUCGACCGAAUUCGCUGCGGUAGAGUUGGCGUUAUCUUGCCCAAUCUCUGUGACCGUGGUAAGGGGAACCGAGCCUCCUCCCACGAGUGGGUUAUCGGUGGGAGCUAUCGUUGGCAUCGCUGCUGGCGCUUUGGCAGCGGUGCUCAUCAUUACGGUUAUCUGCAUAUGCUGCUGUUGCUGUAACUCAUAA